CAUUCCGAAUGUUGACUGUGGCAUAUGGUGAAGCUACCUUGGACCGAAGCAACGUUUAUCGGUUGUACAAAAUGUUCCCAGAGGGCCAAGAGGAUGUGAAUGACGAAGAUCGUGCCGGAUGUCCGAGCACGUCAACAACAGACGAAAACAUUGAUGAAGUGAGAAAAAUAGUAUUGGCCAAUCAGGGAAUCAUCGUUGGAGAAGUUGCUGAGGACCUAAACAUAUCGAUUGACUUCUGCCAUUCGAUUUUUACCAAUGAUUUGGGCAUGAGACGGGUCGCCGCGAAAUUUGUAGUAAAAUUGCUCAAUUUCGACCAAAAACAGCAUCGCAUUAAUCCAAGAAGCUGUUGGCCUCUGUCCAUGACGACCCAAAUUUGCUCCAGAGGGUCAUAACUGGUGACAAAUCAUGGGUAUAUAGUUAUGACGUGGAAACCAAAGCCCAAUCAUCCGAUUGGAAGCUGCCGGACGAGGCAAGACCAAAAAAAGCGGGCCUAGUUAGAUCGAAUGUGAAGGUUUUGCUUCUAGUUUUCUUCUAUUGCAGAGGCGUGGUGCAUCAUGAAGUCAAUCGAUAUGACUCCUGCCCUUCGACUUUUACCAAUGAUUUGGGCAUGAGACGAGUCGCUGCCAAAUUCAUACCAAAAUUGCUCAAUUUCG